AUGCCUGCUACAGAAGGGGAGUGUGGGAACCAACUGGCCGGUGCACAGAGGAUGGGGGUGGGGGUGAAAGAUGAGGUAAAUGUUCUGGAGCUCAACAAUCAGCAUGUUGAUGUCUUCACUGGGUGGCCUAGUUCUAUGGGAGCCGCAGAACAGAGCAGGUCGCUGGGUCUCAGGGCGCUAUGGGAGCUCUGGUAUCACCCUCUGUCUCUGUGCAACACAAGUGAAGAUGAACGCCAAGAGGGUGACUUCAUCACCAUUGUCAAACUGGAGCACAGUGCACCCCGCUGUCUGCCGCUGGUUGAUAAGGCUCGUAUGGCAUUGGACAAAGGAGCUCAGGCCGUGAUCUUUGAUGUCAGUGAUGAUGCCAAUGCUGCUUUUGAGCUGGGAGGGAUAGACUUCGUUCGCGGCCCUGUAGUACUGGUGGAGGCACAGAAUGCUGAGGAGUUGAUGGGUUUGGUCAACAAGAACGAAGAGGCCAAAGUUACUAUUGAGCUCCUGGUGGAGCUGCCCAGUUGGCAACAUUACGAUGUUGGUAUCCUGCUCACCAUUGUCCUAGCUAUUCUGACCAUCGUUCUAAUCUUCGCUUUCCGCUACAAGUGCAAGUCCAACCGGACCUGGGACUCAGUCCAUCAGCAGACCAUGCGGGCCAUCAGUCGCCUGGAGACCAAGACGUACAGCUCUCAGGGCUGCUCGGGGGCCCAUCGGCACCGCGCAGCCUGGGGCUCGGCCAGCAGCUCCAACUCCAGCCCAGUCUGUGCCAUCUGCCUGGACGAUUUCCUGGACGGGCAGCAUCUGAGGAUCAUCUCCUGCGCUCACGAGUUCCACAAAGAGUGUGUCGACCCCUGGCUGCUGCAGCACCGCACCUGUCCCCUCUGCAUGCAUAACAUCAUGGGGAUGGAGCGGCAGCCCCAGAGGGCCAGCAGACAGAGUCAGGAGCAGAACCAGAGCUUCCUGCACCCUCAGCCCUUCAGCAGCCCACACAGCCACCUCUUCCCCCAGCACGCCAUCCCGUUCUCUAUGAGGCCCCACUAUCCCCGGGGACCCUCAGGACCGUACCCCUCUCUGGGCCACUACUCUGGCUCUUCUCCCGUAGACGCUCAGACACUACGCUUCCUCACCAGCAGGCAGCUCGCCUCCAGCUGUGGGUACCACCGUCCUGUGGAGGGUCCCGGGAGGCCCCAUAGGAUGAGUGGUAACUGCAGGACUUCCACUCACCACUACACCCCCCGUCGGCCCUGCCACAACAACUACCGCUCAGCCUGCCCUGCCCAGCGCAGUGCAUCUAGCUCCAGACUGCAGCACGCCUCCUCCACGCCACAGCCCCGCGGAGCGCCCCCCCACACCCGGCAGGACGACGGCAGCUGCUCGGGGGGGAGCUACCACACAGAACGCAGUGGGUACUUGGCUGAUGGGCCAGCAAGUGACUCCAGUUCGGGGCCAUGUCAUGGCUCCUCCAGCGACUCCGUCCUGAACUGUACUGACGUAUCCCUGCAGGGGGUCUAUGGCAGCUGGUCCACCUUCCGGAGCUCCCUGAGCAGUGACUACGAUCCGUUUGUGUAUUACGGGCCAGGUCCUGGGCACGGGCCCCGCAGGAGCAGCCUAGAGGAAGGGGCCCAGGCCCGGCCCAGGUCUCUGGAUUCUGUUGUGAACAAAGCAGGCUGCCCCGAGGAGCAGCAGCAGACUGUGUUCAGCCACAUCCACUACCACCGCCACAGACACCACCACUAUGAAGAGGGGGAGCACAGCAGGGGCUCGGACGAGGAGCAGGGGGCCGCUGCUGCUGAUGCAGCUGCUUCUGCUGCUCCUCUCCUGGACAAAGACUCGCCCAUGUGCCCCCCUAAGCACAGCCCCUGCCAGUGCCCGAAGCCAGAGCCCACAGACCGGCCCAGUCCGGGGGCCGAGUGUCAGGACCCUAGCAGCCCUCCUCCAGUCCUGGUGUCCCCAAUCCCCUUACAGCUUCAGCCCCACUGCUGCCACCAGGGACACGGACACCCUCCCGCUCCACUUGGGCGAGUGGGGGGCUACGUGCACGACGGCCCCUCUGUUCGCUUCCACCAGAGCCGGGAUCUGCAGGACGACCGCAGCAUCCACAUCCACUAUGGUCAGGGGCCCGGCUUCUGCUGCUCCCCCCCUGAGCUGCACCCCGCCCUGCUCCCCGUGCCCCUCAUUCUGGACUCUGGGGGUAUUGAGGAGUGGCCCUGCUAUACCGGAGCCCAUGUUGUGUGGCAAAAGCGGGUGCAGCAGGCCCGCUCAGAGCCUCAGCUCUUGGGGCCCGGGGCCCCUAUGGACAGGCCCCCCUGCAGGUUCUACCACGGUCCAGCUGCUGACUGUAACACAGACAUUUGUUUGUACUGCCAAACCUUACACCACAAUCAGGGAUCAGAAGAGGAGUCCGGUGUGUGAGAACUUGUUGCAUCCCCGAUAAUCAAGCUGCUACCCAGGAGCCAGAAUGGACAGGCCUCUCAUUGGCUAUCGCUCUCACGUCUUCCACAUUGUUCCACCAGCAAUUCCCCCCAGGAUUCAGAACUCACACUGAAAUGCUCUUUCGCCUGAGUUGGAUUGAAAUUAUUAUAAUUGAAUCAUGCUAAAGCUUAAACAAAUACUUUUUUAAGUGAAGACCCUUCAUAAUGUUGAAAAUACAUUGAAUUAUUAAAAUGUUUGGGAGCUGCUGGAGAAACUACUCAUACACCACAAAGAGGCAACAAGGUUUUUCUGCAUUUCUCCUCUUCAGAUAUAUAGGAAUAAUAUUCAUUUUGGAUAUGAUAUCACAAGUUCCCAUGCUCCUUAGCAAUGAAUUAUCCUUGCUUAGGGUGUUGAGCCCUCAUGAAGUGAGACUCCAUCUCUGCGUCGCUCACUCUAAAGCAAAAAUAACUUGAUUUAUCUUCGAGGUACUAUCUUUCACUCUCGUGAUCUGCGUCUUCCUUCGCUGAGUCCAGUCUCAGCUGAGAGAAGCUUUUCUCUCCAGCCUACCUCAGCUCAGAUUUCUUAACAUGCCUCACACAGGGGGGUCUUUUAAGGUACUGCUGUAGUGAUUAUUUUUUAUGUCACAACCAAGUAGCUCCCACAAACUCAACAAAAAGUGUUCCUCUUAGCAGUCCGACCUGUCCAAAAUGGAGAGGAAGGUUGAUGCUCAGCCCCUCACACAGCGAGCGUUCAAUGGGGUAGCUGAGCCUUGCAUGGGCCCUUUUUCAUUAUUUCAAUAAUGGCAGCUGUUUUGUUUGUGUUUUGGAUAAUUUUCUGUAUUUUUUUUUGUAGUAUGUAAUUAUUAUUUUUUUAUCCUCUCAAAAUGAACCGGUUUGACUGAAUUAUCCCGUCGUCAUUACAAGCUAGUGUAAACUUGUUCUCGUCAUUUCUCUUGCCAUUGGUGUCUUCACAUGUUGGUGCUGUUAAACCUCCCGAUCAGUGAAAAGUGUACAGGCCAUAAUACAACCAUAUCCUCUGCUGCUUUAACAGCUAAUUCAUCGCUAUGUUGUGUUAUUCUCCAAAAAGGGUGUUCCCUCCCUUUGUCUUCCAGGAACUAAAGCUCAAGGAAAAUGUUCUACAUUGCCGCUAUAGACCAGAAAAAGUGAUUAUGUCAUGAUAUAACCAGAGUAAAGCCAUGUAACCGAACAGUCCCGAAACACGCUUAAGCUCUGCAAGCUUCCCCAGUGACUUUCACCCUGACCCUAGAACAGACAUUCUAAGUUGUUUUAUCUCCUGUGUUUAUGAUUUAGGGUGAAUCUAUAAGGAUACAUAAUGAUCAGGAUAAGCAGUUCUUGUUAUCAAAAUGAGUAUUACAAUAGCAAACGAGUAACAAAAGAAUCACCUAAAAUUAUACUGGCAAAUGUUACAUUUUAUUUUCUCACCUAUAUCACAGAUUAAACUUUGUUUUUUCCAGUUUAUACUAACUGUGACAAACAUUGUAUCAAAUCCUGGUUAUAAUACACAUUUUCUUCGGAAUAACUUUCCAAGAACUGUUCAAAACGCAAUUAUAAAAUCAUGAACUGAAAAUCUGAUACUGCCCUGACAAAAAAGAUAUCCUGGAAAAACCUUCUUUGUCAUCUGUUCUUAAGUCAUAAACACAGGAAAUUCACCAUUUCAGAUCAGAAAAAAUGCAUUACAAGAAUUGUUUUUCUCAUUUGCCUCUCAGGGCUUCUUAGGUAAUGAUACCCCAAUCGGUAAAAGGUCCUGUGUUGUUGUACAUUUGCAUUGUUCUAAAUUAGAUUCAGUAUUUACAUUUUUUUAAUUAAGAUGAAAUAUUUACGCCAUCCUUUAAAAAUAAAAAUCUAAAUAUCCAUUACAGUAUCUUCUCACUCCACCUAUUUAGCCCCUCUGGCAGACAGAACAUGUGUCCAGGAAAAAUUACUUAAAUUGUGUGGAUAGUAGUCAGAGAUGGCUUUAUUUGUUUAUCUUUAACACAGACUCCUCUGCUAGGCUAAAUUAUCACACAUUAGAGGAAUUAGAAUGCUAUAAUAGUGUGGACUUUCCCUUAAAGGCUAAGUGAAAUGUGAAUGGCUUUACUCAGCAGCAGUCAGAUACAGUUUAACAGCAGACACAGAGCUCAUGGGUAUUGCAAUGUAACCAGUAGCACUUAAUAAAAAGCCUUAUAUGUGCCUUAUUCAUAAAGAAACUGUUCAUAAUCCUCAUUCAGGACCCCCCCCCCUACACACACACACACACACACACACACACACACACACACACACACACACACACACACACACACACACACACACACUCACUAAGCUCUUACCUGUCCAACCAAAGAGGCAACAUCUUGAACACAGUGAACUUAUAACUCAGUAUGUGUUGGCAACCCUUUCCUUAAAUAUAAGAACAAAAUGUGCUUUUGUGAUGAACACCUGACAGAAUUGAGGUGGAAAUCAUUUUGGAAUCAAUAUUUUGGACAAUCAUGCAGAUUUUUUAACUGCAGUCAUUUGUUCUUAAACCCCACUUUGAAUGUGUCAACGCAGCGUCCUCCAGACAAAGUGUCCUUAUCUGUUAUUAUUGGUGCCUAAACAGCCUCUGUCUGAGAUGGAAAUUACUGAAUUACAAGCAACA